AUGGAUCAAGAAGGAUCGCACGGCCUUGCUUCGACCGAAGCACCGGAUCAGGCGAUCACUGAAGCGUCAAGGAAACAGCCAGAGGCGCCUAAACCUGAUAUUCAGGAAGCUCUCGCUAAUAUCGAUACCACAAUGGGUAAAAUGGCAGACCUGUUCGAAAUACUAAUAGCUGAAAAAGCUAACAAGCCUUUACAAGGCGAACGCCCAACGGGCAAGAAACGAACGGCAGCCGAGCGUGAAGACGACACUGCCGGCGGGGACGAAUCAGAAUCAGAAACAUCGUCCUUCAGGUCUAGAGGCAAGCGACAACGUCGCGAACAGUCUCCUGAUGCCAUAAGCAUUCAUGCUGGCGAAAGCGAGGAUGAAUUAGCACAGCUUUUGGGAAGCUCUGAAAAAGAGCGGGAAAAUGAACCUGACACCGAAGCCGAACACCUCUUAAAUGAUCUUGCGAAAGACCUAUCGGAUGAUGAAUCCACAGGUCCAAACAUAUCGCAAAAAUUAGCUGAUAUAGCAUUAAAACGUUGGGGUAAACAACUCAACCCUGAAAAAUUGAAGAGUAUACUAGAGAAAUAUACUCGUCCUGAAAACUGUCCGGGUAUGACAUGCAAAAGUCAACCCGGAAAUAUGGCAGUUGUUGGGUUCGAAGAGCAAGAGAACAGAUAUUCAACUGUAUAA